GACAUCGCCGUCACCGUGGCCUGAAAACCUCCUCGCUCCCGGCGACGUGCAGUUCAUGGCGCGCCGUCCCAUCGCCGCCGCCUCCGUGGUCCGAACUCCCACUGGACCUCCUAGGCCUCAUCAUCGCCGGUCUCCCGGACCCGGCCGAUCGCGCUCGCUUCAGAUGCGUGUGCCGUUCCUGGCGCUCGGCCCCCUGCCCCUACGCACGGCAGCUACCGUGGAUCGACGCGGUGUGCCGUUCCUGGCACUCCGUUUCGUCCUCUGGAACACAGCUCCCUUCGGUCAGCGCCGAGCGAGGUUUCUCAAGACCGUCUCCCCCAACCUCCCAACACCGGCCACCGUGGCGCCGUAUGUGGCGCUCGGUCUCGGUCGUCCCUCCGCGGCGACAACAACCGUGGAUCGUGCUCCCGGGCGGCUUCUUCCUCGACGAGCUCGCUUCAGAGUUAUCCGACCGCGGGCCGGAAGCAGCCACCUCCUUCCCCGAGAACCUGCGAUGCGUUGGCUCCACCAACAGCUGGCUCGUCCUCGACUGGACGGACGGCGAGAAAAGGCAUGCCUACUUCUUGCACAAUCCUUUCUCAAGGGCAACCGUGCCGCUCCCGGAGCUGGACGCCGUCAUCGGUGAUGUCUCGGAGCUGUUAAUGAUCCGCAAGGUGCUCAUGUGAUCGACCCCCGAUGACCUCAUCGUGGUUAUGACCAACAAUUGGGAUCUCCCUAUAUUUUCAAUCCAGCGAGGGAAGGGUGCGUUUUUACCACAGCGGCUAAUGUACUGGGGCCUAAUCAUCGACGUUGCAUUUCUUGAAGACAAACUCUAUGGAAUCACCAAGGAUGAGGAACUUGUCAUCAUCCCCUUCACCUUUGAAGAUGUCCCCAGCAUACCCAUGGCUACUCGUAUUGAACAGGUCAUCUGGAGCAACAUAGAUGACGCCGAUGCAGCAGACGAUGAUGAGGACGAGGACGGAAACAACAAAGGUUAUGUGGGUGAUGAGCAAAACAAUGGUGAGGCUGAGAAGGAUAACGAUGAACUUCUUAGCAAAGAGAACAAAGCCGGACGUCCUAAUCACAUCAUGAUGUUAAAAGCUAGGGAUGGCAUGAUCGGCCCGGGCAUCCAAUUUGAAGCUGACUAUAUGAUCUUUCGGUACUUGGUCGAGUCAUGUGGAAAGCUUUUCAUGGUGAUUCGAGAAGCGAAUGGCAGUAGAUUUACUUACAAAGUGAAGGUUUUCAUCCUUGAUGUCAAUGCAUGUGAAUGGGUUCCGAUCUCCGGCUGCGGGCUAGGUGGCCAGACGCUUUUCAUCAGCAAACCAUUCAGCAAGACUGUUUUAGCUCGUGGGGAGGUCGAACAAGAUGCUAUUUAUUUUAUCGAUUUUGGUGAAGUCUUCAGCAUGAAAUCCUCCAAGGCAACAUAUAUUGGUCAAUUUCGGGAGGAUAAAUUUCUUGACUUCAAUACCACAACGUGGAUAUUUCCUUGCACUACAACUAGUUGUCUAUUCACCAGGGACAUUUUCUUCCGAAAAACUAUAUUUGCCCUGCUAUGUGUACAUGCAGAUGGUGCGGAUUUUCUUUUGGGGUCACCGCCAAUUCAAUUGUAUGGUAUAUCUUAA